UAACCGUUUAUAUUUCGCAAUUCAGCACAUUAAAGUAGGGGAUAUGAAGAGAGGACCUUUCGCCUGGUUUCAGAUCAGUGUUUCUGCGUUACAUAACCCUGACUGGCGAACGCGAGCGUGUUACAGUGAGCCCCGUUAAAACAACAACGCAUUGUUCAACAAAGGCAGAUACUCAAAUACACAUGUGUAUGCUAGCAGCUAACUGUGGAACCAGGGUGAAACGGGGGCUCCUUACCUGAAGGUGUUGUUGCAGAGAGGAGUGAGAGAGGCGCUGCUGGAGGAAAUGGGAGAAAAGAGGGAAGAGGGCGUCACUGCGCAUACCCGGAAAAACAAGGUAACCACGUGGGUUUGAGCACUACCGAAGGAGUCGCCGUUCACGAUCAAAAUUUGACACAGAUGAGGAUAAUAUCUAGCACAUACUGUCACAGGUCCAGCUGGAGUCAUGAGGGGUGGCAGCCAUCGGCCUGGACGAGCUGCGAGGAAGAGGAGGAAAAAACAAGAAAGCAUUGUCCAGUCAGUCUCUCUGCGUCACCAGCCGCAGUAUGUGAGGCUGAUGAAGUUUCUUCACCAACGGGGAUUCACCUCAUCGCUGCUGCAGCCUGCACUCUUCACUGACACAGGCAGAGGACUGCAAGCUCUCAAGACCAUUAAGCCUGGUCAGCUGAUCAUUUCUCUGCCAGAGUCCUGUCUCCUCACUACCUCGACUGUCCUGGACAGCUACCUGGGACAGUAUAUCAAGAGCUGGAAGCCCCGCCUCUCUCCUCUGUUGGCGCUCUGUGUCUUCCUGGUGUGUGAGCGGCAUCGAGGAGAGGCCUCUGAUUGGUUCCCCUACAUCGAUGUGCUGCCGAUUGCAUACACCUGCCCGGCCUAUUUCACAGAUGAGGUCAUGGCCGUUCUGCCUACCUGUGUGCAGAGACGGGCUGUAGAGCAGAGGGAGGCAGUGCGAGAAAUCCACUCCUCAAAUCAAGACUUUUUCAAAUCCCUGCAGCCAAUCCUGAGUCAGCCUGUGGAGGAGGUGUUGACAUAUGAAGCCUUGAGGUGGGCCUGGUGCAGUGUCAACACACGCUCUGUCUUCAUGUCCCACCCAUCCAACAGCUUCCUGCUUGGACAGGAUGUUUACGCUUUAGCUCCAUUUCUGGAUCUGCUGAAUCACCGGCCUGACGUGCAGGUAAAAGCUAGUUUCAAUGAUGUGACAAGAUGUUAUGAAAUAAGGAGCGUCUCCGGGACACUCUGCUACCAGCAGGCCUUCAUUAACUACGGUUCCCAUGAUAACCAGCGCCUGAUGCUGGAGUACGGAUUUGUCGCCCCCUGCAACCCCCACAGCGUGGUCUAUGUGGAUACAGGUGUCCUCACUGAUGUUUUAAGAGGUGACAGGAGUUUGGAUCAGAAGAUCAAGUUUCUCAGAGAGAACAAUUUCCUUCAUAAUCUCACUGUGUCCAGUGAAGGUCCCAGUUGGAGGCUGAUGACGGCUCUCAGACUGUUGUCUCAGCCACAAACACUGUAUCACCACUGGAAGGCAGUGUUGCUCGGCCAGGUGGUGUGUGAAGACAGAGAGGAGUGGAGCAUCCAGACGGCUAAGACUCUCUGUCAGCGACUACUACAAGACACACACACAGCUCUGGAGAAGAUCUCCCACCUCUUGCAGCAGUGUGACCAGCCAGUCAGGGAGCAGCUAGAUGUGGUCAUGUCACUGCGACAGGAGGAGAGGUGCAUCCUGGGAAGCUGUCUUGAGGCACUAGGAGACACGCUGAGACAACCAGAAAAACUGUCGUCAUGUCAACCAGACGCAAGCUGACAUCUGAUUGUUGCUAAGGCCUGCCAGUCAAGGACGAGGCUGAACUGGUGAUGCUGUGACCGUCUCCAUGUUCCUGUUCUGCUUGUCCACCAGUGCGACUGACAGCAGGACUGCCAGAUGUUCUGUAACCACAGGGUCACAGGUUUGAUUCCAGGUGUGCUGAAAGAGGGUCUGUCCUGUUCUGAUGGUCCUGGGCAAGACGUCGAGGAUCUCAUCACCACCAUCAUCAUUUGAGCCAAGAAAAGGUCAAAGAUACAGUGCACUAAAAUGACUGUAAGCACAGUAUUCUUAGAACCUUGUGGACUCAUGUAAGAGAGAACUGUGAGGAAAACAACACAUUAGAACCGGCAGCGAUGCAUGAGUCAAUAAGGACGGACAAAUCCUCUUGUCUUAUUUUAUUUCCAGAUUAGACAAAGACAAAAACUGAAAAAAACAUACACAACAUGUUUUAUGGCAACUACAUAAAUUGCAAUUCCUGGUUGGACUGCAAUUUGGAUGUUUUAUAAGCAAAACAUAAAAUGUUUGUAUUUACACCAAAAUCAAGAAUUGCAGUCAUAUUUUUUUUUUUUUUUAUAAAAUGUGUAUUUACUGGGUCAAAUGAAACUUUGUGGGUUUUCAAAGAAACAUAAGCUACGUUCACACUGUAAGCCUUGGUGCUCAAUUCUGUUUGGCUGUUCACAUUAUUUGUUAAAUGUGGCCCAUAUCAGAUUUCAGUGUGAACAGGUCCUGAAGUGACCCGCCUGAGUUACAUAGAACUCACUGGAAUUCUGAUAUGACUGUUAACACUGCAAAAUAACAGACCUGUAUCUGAUUUGGACAACAUAUGAGAGUGGAACAAAUCAGAAUUAGUUCACGCUGAAAAAAAAAA